CUUCGGAACAGACAACUUCGAAUGUCUAAUUGUGACUAAAAAAGUCACAUUUUUUCAAUGGGUGCCAGAAAAAGUGAACGUUUAGUAGAAAAAGAUGAGAACAAGAAAAGUGGAUAUUUUCAAAGCUUUUUAUUUCUUGUCAUCAGUGUCCUGUGUGCAAUUAUUGCAUGGAUGGUCAUCAGAUAUGACAUAAAAGCAUCAUAUUUAUUUCAAACCUCUCAUUUGCAACCAAAAGUGCCACGACUUUGGAGAAUUUCGAUUAAUGAUUGGAAUCCAGAACGUAAUCUUGGAACGCUUGAACGUAUUUGGAAUCGUUUUGGAUAUGAUUAUGUGAAUGGGACUAAUGGCGACGAUUGGGAUAUUUGUUGGAGUCAUGAACUUCCUUAUGGCCCUGGUGUGAUGAGUAAAUCUCCACAGUAUGACGCCAUUCUCAAAACUCCUUUAAAACCUCAUCAACGUGUCAAUCAUUUCCCUGGAAUUAAUCAUCUCACUUCAAAAAGCUUUCUUGCCAGCAUGAAUCGUGAUUCUAAAUACAUUUUGCCAGGUUUUUACUUCCCAAAAGACAUCGAAAGUUUUAAAAAAUACGUCAAAGAAAAUCCUAAAACGAAAUUUGUUGAGAAAAAGAAAUCAAAUCGUGGAAUCAAAUUAGUUAACGUGAAAGAUGUCAAAUUUAACGAUAAAGACGUUUACUAUCAGAAGUUUUUGGAGAAACCAUAUUUGGUAGAAGAUCGUGCAAUGGAUUUCGGAAUUUUCGUUUUCAUUGCUUCAAUUGAUCCAUUGAGAAUUUAUCGAUUUACUGGCGACAUUUGGUUGAGAUUUUGUCGAGAUCCUUAUUACCCGUUUAAUGCUAGUAAUGUUUAUUCCUAUGCAAUUUCUGACACGCGUCGACUUUUAUAUGAAAUGCCUGAACUGAAUUCUUAUCAUGAGAAGUUUGGAUACUCAUACCAUCUCACAUUGAUGAAUUAUAUGGAGAAGAGAGGUGUGAACAUCACUGACAUGUGGCGUAAACUUGACGACUUGCUUGUUGAAUCAAUUAUGAGAAGUGAAGCAGGAAUGAUGAGAGAAACUUACAAAUUGUUCAACUCAUCACAUCACUUCUUUGAUUUGGUUCGUUAUGACAUUUUAAUAAAUGAAACUAUGGAUCCGCAUAUUGCUGAAGUUAACAUGUCACCGUCGGUUUCACCAUUCACGCCGAUUAUGAAGAAAUAUCUUCGAACAUGGGAACAACUUGUGUUCAAUACUUUGAAGUUGCUUGGAGCUGGAAGCAGUUUUGACUUGCAAUCUCAGUACGAUCCACUUGCAUAUGAAAUGGUCGUCGCCAAGAAAAAUAUCGCAGUUGAUCCGAAAACAUGUGCUGACAAUAAUUGUGAUUCGAACUGCAAUUUGAAGGUUUGUGAAUUGUGCACACCGUGUUUGAGUCAAGAUAAUUACGAUGAAUUGCGUCGAGCUUUCAUUGAACAUCUUAGAAAAGGCGAUUAUAAAAGAAUUUUCCCUUCGGAUGUUUACUACAACGACGAGUAUUUGAAUAAAAUGACUCCUCGCAAUCAACUAUCAAUGAAAUGGUUCCAUGAAAAAUGCAAAGCUUAUCCAGAAUGGUGUUAAAAAAUUAAUAAAUAAUCAAGAAGUUAAAUCAUUUAAUUGUGUUCUGUAAAACGCAAAAGAUGACAAUAAAAUUUAUAAAACAAGAAAAUAAAA